AGGGCAACUAGACGCUGAGAGCUCCCUCCUGCUUACCCGUGCCGGCGGCCGCCGCCGCAAGCCCAGAGGAGGGAGCAACGCCGGCGCCUGGAUCCCCCGAGUGCCGCCGCCGACCCGUCCCGUACUCCGGCCGUCGCCCAUCGGCUGCAGCAUCUUGGCCCUCGCGCGCCUCCGCUGCCGCUUCCUCUCCGCCCCGCCUCAGCUGAUGGACAUGUCUGGUCCAAGAUGGAAGAAGGGCAAAGACGGCAAGGAUUUCGCAGCUCUGGCAGCAGCCCAACCCAUGUCAAGCAUUGUUGCCAAGCUCCAGUCUUCACUGGAAGGAUCAAAGCUCGUGGCGACUUUAUCUAGCAGGGGCGGGGAUGCGGUUCUUGGCGUGAACCCGCAGGAAGCCGCGCUUCUGAACCGCGCCGCCUUUGGCCGGGCACUGGAAAAUGUCGGGGCCGAGAAACAGUGGUUCCAGCUGGGCGCUGAGGAGGUCUUCUACCUUCACCAUGCUUUGGAGUGCAUCGUGGUCGAGUCGGCGAACAAGGAUCUGAUGAGCCAAGGGGAGCUGUGGGAUCACUUGUGCUCCGCAUCAGAGUCGUUUCCUGAGAUGUACAGGGCGUACUCGCAUCUCAGGUCGAAGAACUGGGUGGUGCGGUCAGGUUUGCAGUAUGGUACGGAUUUCGUCGCUUACCGUCAUCACCCCGCGCUCGUCCACUCGGAGUUUGCUGUGGUUGUGGUUCCGGAAGGAUCGGGGUUCGGCGGUAGGUGUGGCCGCCUGAAGGUGUGGUCUGAUCUACUGUGCGCGCUCCGAGCUUCUGGCAGUGUGGCCAAGACGCUGCUGGUUCUGACAAUCUCCAGCAAUGUCUGUGAACUGAGAUCCCCAGAUUGUUUGGAACGGUUGGUUGUUCAUGAAAGAACUAUUACAAGGUGGAUAGCCCAGCAGUGCCGUGAGCAGCGAUGUAAACCGUGCAGAGAAGAAGCAUAUACGGAAGAACAAGAUCACGCAGGAGAAACUGUAGUGUUCAACUAUUGGGGUCUAGUACUAGGUUUCACAGUUCUUUCUAGCCUGCUUGUAUACAAGCUGAGAUUCCGACAAUCAAGCUAAAUAUUUCUCUGUACUCCUAUUGGUGAUGUUUAACUUCUCAUCUUAUUGCAAUCCUGUGCCGGUAGUCUUGUGCAUUUUGGAAAGAUUUCUAGAAAUGGUGCAUACAUAUAUCCAUAAAACUGUAUCUGAUCGCAGAGUGCAUACAUCAUAUUAUGGUAUGCUGUGGACUGGCC